AUUAUGUAACGGAUUCAAUUAAUCAAUUCUCGUUAGGAUCUUCCCGUCUCUUUUUUAUCUCCCUCAUUAGGAAAGGUAUAAAUACUAAUUAAUCAUUGAGAACCACAAUAUGAUAAAGAAGCAAAGCUUACGAAGUGAGAAAUUGGUGCUUAUGGAGUUGAAUAUAAAUUGCUACUCAGUUUCUAUAAUCUUCUACGAAGCACACAUCGUUGCCGCAAUUGGAACUUUCCGGCAAAGAGUCGGUUCGAAUUACGCCGACUCGAAAUCAUAAGGUCCUUCACUGAAGCUGAUUCGACAGAACAGAACCCAUCUGCUGGCGAUGUAGAGCUGUCAUUGGUGGUCUUUAAUGUGCACAGUCCCUACAGUGGUUGCCUGCUUCAAAGAAGUGGUUGGACAAAAGACAUAGAUAUGUUUUUCCAGCGGCUAUCAGCUAUACCUUUCUCAGGUGGUGGUUUUGAUGAUGCUGCAGUUGCAGAAGGCCUUGCUGCAGCAUUGACGAUGUUUGCUUCGCUGAAUGGAAACGAAUCGAAACAAAAUGCUGAUGGGCGAAGACAUUGUAUACUUGUGGCUGCAAGUAACCCGUGUGCAUUGCCUAGACCAAUAUAUUGUCCAGUGAUGCAGAAUCUGGAGCAGACUGGAAAUACUGAAGCUCAUACUGGUAAUGUAUUAGCUGAUGCGGAGACUGUUGCAAGGGCAUUUCCGCAGUGCUCUGUUUCAUUGUCAGUUAUAUGCCCGAGGAAGCUUUUGAAAGUUAGGGCGAUAUAUAACGCGGGAAAAUGCGAUCCAGAAGCAACUGACCCGCCCGUUGAUACAUCUAAGAAUCCAAAUUAUCUUGUGUUAAUUUCGGAACAUUUCAGCGAGGCUUGUGCUGCUUUAAGUCGCACUGAAAUGGAAAGUUUGGCGCCAAACCAGAGUGAAAUGGCUAUGUCUUCUGUGCCUCUGGUUUCUGGGCCAGCAGCGACUUCUAAUCCAGCAGUUAUGAAUCAAGAACCAAUUUCGGCUGGAAAUAUUCCUGCUGCAGCCGUAAACAUUGAGACCACCAAGGUAACCUCCAGUACUGGACUUGCACCUCCACAUCAACUCAUUACAGGCAUGGGAAGUUGUUUACCCAUUUCUGUUUCUGAGGAGAUGCUCCCGAAUAAUGAGAAUACUAAGGAAACAAUACCUAUUGUCAGUGUGAUGACACAGUCCUUACAUCCAUUUAGUGGAGCAGCUGGAAAUGUCAGUAUAUUGAAUGGAGUGACGUCUGCUGUACCUGCUGCUCCAGCUGUAUUAUCAUCUGGGCAACUAGGUGUCACAUCAAUGACUGAGUUUUCUCCAUUUGCCGGAACUGGUCAGAUAGAUAAAAACUCCGAUCCUGCAUCAUUGACUUCGAUGGCUUCCAGUAUGUCUGGGAAUUCAAACCUUUGCAUGUCCCAACUGUUGGGUAAUACCCAAGGAGGUAUUGGUGCAAGCAGUCAAACAGCACCUGUAAUGAGUCAAGGAAAUCUCCCUGGGUCUCAAAUAAUGCAAAGCGGGAAUACUGGCAUGCCUUCGGGAAUUGGCACAAUGAUGCCUACUCAAGGGAUGACUCAACUAGGACAGCCUGAAAUGCUGCCUCUUGGCAGGAAUAACAGUACAGAGGCUAACAUGUCUCUAUCUCAGCAGCAAACAUCGGCUAUAUUACCAUCAGCUCAAUCAAAGUUUGUCAAAUUCUGGGAGGGAGACUUAUAUGGCAAUAGACAGGGUCAACCUUUACAUAUUACGAGGCUACAGGGGUUCAAGAGUGCUUCAGCUUCUGAAUCGCUUGCUGCAAAUUGGCCCCCAACAAUGCAAAUUAUUGGCUUUAUUACCAAACAGCAAAUGAUAGACCGUGUUAGGCGGCGCACCGGAAGGGCAGAUCGUCUAUUUUUUUGGGCCAUGGAGCAGCAUGCACUUCUUAGCAAGGUGCAAGCAAAGAAGGAUUAUGCAGUAAUUCAACUACCAUCACAGACAAUGUACCUCUAUGUUGAUAGAAUUGACCACUUAUUUGGAAUCAUUUUUCCUCAUGAGAUACCCAAUCAGCAGCUGCCAGCACAUCAUUCCUGGGCUGAGCAACUGCCGCAGCAACAACCGCUUCCUCAAUUGCAGCAGCAGCAACCGCACCGUUUGCAGCUAAAACAGCAGCAACCCCUUUUACUGCAGCAACAGCAGCAGCAGCAGUCCCUCCAACAGCUGCCACAUCAGCAACCACGGAGGCUCCCACUUAAGCGGCAACGUAAGUGUCCUCUGCAGGAACAGUCUAAGGUUCCCAGAAUACAUCAACAACAGACUCCACAAAGCCAACAACAACAACAGGUACCGCAAAUGCAGCACAUAGAGCAGCAGCAACCAAUAAUUGGGACGGCUGUGAAUCAAGCAGUAGCAUACAUGCAAGGUACUGGAAGGUCACAACUUAUGUCUCAGACACAAGCUUCAUCACCACAAGGAGUGUCAAGCAUUCCGGAGGACGAUUUGUUAAAUGAACAUCGUGAUGAAAUAGACGUUCUUUUAACUGAAGGUGGCGACGAAUUAGACAACGCCUUUGCAGAAAUGCUUGAAAUUAUUAAAUUUGACUAAAGCAGCCAAAAUUCGUACUGCUUAGCUGUCGGAUUUUAAGCUCGUCUUUCAUGUAGAACGAUACUUUACAAAACGGAGAGCAUUUAGAACUGAGUAGCUUCAGUGUGGAAAGUAAUUGGCUGCCUAAUAUGAUUUGUUGUUCUUCAUCUCCAAACCCGAAAUUCACAUUGGGCGUUUGUUGUACUUUAUUCCUGUUGACUCUUAAUGGAUUUACUGGUUGAAGAAACAAAAGUUUCAUUUUUGUUA